AUGGAAUAAGAGACUUAUGAGAAUAAGUAAAGAUUAUACUACGCAAAAAAUGAGAAACAUUUGAAUUUAUUUAAAAUAAGCCAAUUAUAAUGCUAAGCUAGAAAAUAUGAGGAAUUGCUAAAUAAUCCAAGACUACCUUUUCCUGAACAAUAAAUUAGAUAGUAAAUUUGA